AUCAAUAAAAAUAGACUUAAUAAAAUUUUUUUAAUUAAAUUUUAGUUAACAGACGUAGUUUUAUUAGUUGGUGUGGAAAUUUUUACAGCCCAUAGGGUCGUUUUAGCUUCGAUAAGUCCAUAUUUUUUUGCCAUGUUCAACGGCGAAAUGAAAGAACAUGAAACAAACGAGAUCAUUUUACACGAAAUCGAUGCGACAGCCGUCCAAUUACUCAUCGAUUACGCUUACACCGGUCAAAUUACGAUCACCGCCGAUAACGUCCAAGUUCUUUUACCGGCGAGCUCUUUACUUCAAAUGGAAGAAGUUAGAGAAGCGUGUUGUCGGUUUUUAAUGAAACAACUUCACCCAACUAAUUGUUUGGGGAUACGAAGUUUCGCCGAUACGCAUUCUUGCAAAGAGUUGCAUAUAAAAUCGCAUUUUUUUGCGUUACAAAAUUUCCAAGAAGUUGUUAACACCGAAGAAUUCUUGUUAUUACCGUUUAAUGAGGUUGAGGAGUUAAUCUCGAAUAGCCAAUUAAACAUUUCUUCGGAGGAAGAUGUUUUUACGGCCGUUUUAAAUUGGGUUAAACAUGAUUUAACGAAGCGAAACGAAUUUAUUUCGAAGUUGAUGCAACAUGUUCGACUUCCGUUGGUUAAUAGAGAAUUUUUGAUGACUCGGGUUGAUAACGAAAGAUUGGUGCGGGAAAACGGAGCUUGCCGAGAACUUCUUCUUGAGGCGAUGAGGUACCAUUUAGCCCCUGAACGAAGAUGCGCCCUAACAACACCCAGAACGUUAGAAAGAAAACCAAAAGGGACUCAACCUUACCUUUUCGCAAUCGGUGGGGGUUCUUUAUUUGCAAUUCACCCCGAAUGCGAAAUUUAUAACCCAAAAAAAGAUUCUUACACUAAAUCCGCAUGUAAAUUAAUUUUAUCAAUAUACAGGUGUCCCGUAUCUUCCGUAUCAUUCUGA